AUGGCCUAUCAAGAUGGUCAUAAUCGGAAAAGCAGAGGCCUUCCUGGUUUUCUCCCGGGCUAUCCUGACCCUGAUCAAACUCAUCCCACUGUGCCUUCGAAUUCAAGGAAGCAAGUAUCACUACAGCCUCUCCCACCACCAGGAAAUCUUCCCCCUGGUCUAGAAUACUUGAGCCAGUUAGACCUGAUCAUUAUACACCAGCAGGUGGAGCUGCUUGGAAUGAUACUUGGCACUGAAACUUCCAACAAAUAUGAGAUUAAAAACCGCUUGGGACAAAGAGUGUACUUUGCUGUGGAGGAAAGCAUCUGCUUUAACCGUAAUUUCUGUUCACCAUUAAGAUCCUGCACCCUGAGGGUCAAUGAUAACACUGGUCGAGAGGUGAUUACAGUGCACAGACCCUUGAGAUGUACGAGCUGCUGGUGUCCUUGCUACCUACAAGAGUUAGAAAUUCAAGCCCCUCCUGGCACAAUAGUUGGUUAUGUUGUACAGAAAUGGGAUCCUUUCCUUCCAAAGUUCACAAUUCAAAAUGAAAGCAAAGAAGAUAUUUUGAGAAUUGUGGGUCCCUAUGCAACAUGUGGUUUUUUUGGAGAUGUUGACUUUGAGGUGAAAACCAUUAAUGAAAAGAUAACAAUUGGGAAGAUUUCAAAAUAUUGGUCAGGAUUUGUAAAUGAUGUCUUCACAAAUGCUGACAACUUUGGGAUACAUGUUCCUGCAGAUUUGGAUGUGAAAAUCAAAGCAGCCAUGAUUGGAGCCUGUUUUCUCUUUGACUUUAUGUUCUUUGAACAUUCACUGGCUGGACUAUAA